CAAGGAGGAUCCGUGGGUCCAGGAGGGGCUUUCCCGGGACCGCCACAGGCACUAAGCGGCCCAUCUCGUAUAGGGGCGCGCCCGGGGGGAUGCAGCGCGGGGGGGCGGCGGCAUGGAGGAGCCCUCGCUGGAGGCCCUCAUGCAGGCGGGCUUCAUCUUCGUCGUCGGCGUCGCCAUCAUACUCUCCAAUCUUCUCAUCAUCGCCACCUACCUCAACUUCCGCGGUCCCAGUGAGGUGAUAAACUACUACUUGCUAUCGUUAGCAUCAGCGGACCUUCUGUGUGGCUUACUGGUAGUGCCACUUUCGGUUUACCCGGCACUGGUGCGAAGAUGGGUGUACGGCGACAUCGUCUGCCGAUUGGUUGGCUACCUGGAGGUCACGCUCUGGGCCGUCUCCGUAUACACCUUCAUGUGGAUUUCCGUCGAUCGAUAUCUCGCCAUCAGGAAGCCACUGCGCUACGAGACGGUACAAACGAAAACGCGCUGCCAAUGCUGGAUGGCCUUCACGUGGAUAAGCGUGGCGAUGAUGUGCUGCCCGCCACUCCUCGGCUUCAACAAGCCGAUCUUCGACCGCGAGGCCUUCAUCUGCAUGCUCGACUGGGGCAAUAUGGCCGCCUACACCAUAACCCUGUCGAUACUCGUGCUCGGUCCCUCGGUCAUCACCAUCAUCUACACGUACUUCUACAUUUUCUCGAUGAUGAGGAAGCUAAGGUCGGGCGUGCCGAUACACGACAAAGAAUACGCUACUGCCCUCUCCGAGAACCUGAGCAAUCCCAGCCACAUAAUGUCAUUCGUCCUGGUGAUGGCGUUCUGGAUAUCGUGGGCACCCUAUGCCGGCCUCAGGAUCUGGGCUUCUGUUAACGGACCUCCUCAGGUGCCGUUUUUGCAUUUUGCCGUAGUUUGGUUUGGCGUGACAAACAGCUUCUGGAAGGCGGUCGUCCUCGGCACCCUGAGUCCGCAGUUCCGUCUGGCGGCGCGCGUCCUCUGCCUGACCUUAUGCUGUCGUCACCGGAGACUGCCACCCGAGCUGCUCGGCCUCGACGACGACGACUAGAGGCCGAUAUGAAUGUCAA